AUGGCUUUCAUUUCCAAAUCUCAACAGCAGCGGACUCCCGCCACCGAUGCAGAGAUGCGGGCAAAAUAUAAGUCAGACUAUAGCAAAGGCAUUAGUCGAGUACCGGUCCAUCCAAUUCAUCAACUACAAGGACCUUUCGAGGAGUCAAUUGUUGAAGCUACCGAAGGCACUGAAAGCGAACGGUUGGUUGGGCUUGAUGCACAAUCCUGGCGUAGAGACCUGCUAGAGAGUAUCGAAUAUCAACGACUGUAUCAUCCGUUUUGGAAGCUUGUUGCUCAAAUAUCCUUCGGCAUUCACCUUCUAGUUGAGAGGCUCGCUAAGUCCGACUUUGAAGUUCUGAAGAUCCUUCAAAGUCAUGUAGAUGAGUUAGAUGGAUUUCUUGGAAGAUCUACAGAGGACUUUCUUCUAAUUCAGGUUGAUGUGCGCACACGAAUCCAAUACCUUAAUCUUCCCCUUCAGAACCCAGAGGUUUUUGAUGGGAUGUUACAAGACCGCAACUUCCGCCUAACCAUGAUUGACUAUAAUCAAAAAAUCGAACAUGCCAUUGAACGAUUCACUACCGCUAUUGAAGACGCACUGAAAGAUAUGCAGAAGGGAAAGCAAGCGAUUGGGAUUUUGUGGCGAUAUUUAAAACAGUCUGCAGAAGAACAUGGACCACUGCCUAGUAACUUGUUCGCCAUUCACAAAGCCAUGCUAGCAAAUACGGAGGGUUGGAAUGUAGCCUUCUCGAAACUCCGCCGUAAAGGGCUUGCACUCCAAUCCGCAUUGUCUCAGCUCUGUCUGGCGAUCACCGAGUUGCAGAGACGUGUAGGUGUAGCGAGCAGAAAAGAGGCGGUGUCCUUGAUACGGAUUGCGACUGCACCGCCUCGAGACAGGUCAAUCAGAGAACGAUUAUUCGAGAAGCAUGCGUCCACCAUGUUCCCAAGCCUCUCGAGCUCAGAAAAGCCAUUGCCCAGUGAUCCAUUUUUACCAGAUGUAAUAAACGCCCGGCCCGAGGUACCUCUAUCUAAGCAGAUCGAACGCCGCAGGGUCACGCGAAAGAGUGCCCCGAAUCUUCGAGAGCAUACCGCUAUUCCAGGAGGAGCGGAAUGUGUGAAUGAUGUUGCCGAUGGCUCUAGUCCAGCCACGCCUGUGCCGAGAAUUCAAAGGAACUUGAGUGGGAGAUUUUCAAGGGCUAUAUCUACUAGGAAGAAGUUUGAAGGUGAAAAUGCUGGAUUAAAACAAUCACGACCCGCUACAGCUCCUUGUAGGGGCUUGAGGUCUCGGAGCAUUUCCUUGGAACAGUUGAAGGGCUUCUGGAGACUGAAGAAAGGCCAGCAGUACGAGCAGCAAGAUAUAGUAGGGCCACCACAUGCGCCGCCCCCAAGUCGGCCUUUUACUGCCCAAGCAUCAGCGAAACGACAAACUAUGUUGACCCAGUUCUUGCAUCAUUUAAAGUCAGAUAGGGUGAUUGACGCUUGGGAAGGCACAAUUCAGAAAGAGAGCGCCGUCCGUCAUUCUCCGCAGAGAAGGAAGGAUGAGCCUUGCAGCAAGUUUCGUGCGACAUCAGCAACGCCUGAUACGUCCGCAGAGCUUCAAACAAGGCUUUUUGAGAGCGACCUGGAGAGAUCAAUGUCCUGGUUACAAGAAUAUCCGUCACAGAAUACAUAUUUACUAAACCCAAGACGUGAUGUUGCACCUAGAAUCCACGUUGUUUCCGUCCAUUUGACACUGGCGGGGGAGGAAGGAUGUUGCGUCAACAAUAAUCACGAUAACGAUAUAACAAAGACAGACACACAGUCGACUAUAACGGCUCUACCGUCUGUACCAUCUCCGUAA